GCGACGGGCAGAAUAACUCCAGAAUCAAUAUGGCCCCUACUAAUGUCAAGGCGAAGGCUGCCAAAAAGGCUGCUUUGCAGGGCGUGCACUCGCAUUCAACACGGAAGCAGCGAUACUCUGUAACAUUCCACCGUCCCAAGACACUCCGCCUACCCAGGAAUCCCAAGUACCCUCGCAAAUCUAUCCCCCAUGCACCACGAAUGGACCAGUUCCGAACCAUCGUCUCUCCACUGAACACGGAAUCGGCGAUGAAGAAGAUCGAGGAGCACAACACCCUCGUCUUUAUUGUUGACAUAAAGUCGAAUAAGCGACAAAUCAAGGACGCCGUGAAAAAACUUUACGAUGUCCAGGCUGCUAAAAUCAACACCCUGAUUCGACCUGAUGGGAAGAAAAAGGCAUACGUUCGGCUCACGUCCGACCACGACGCGUUGGAUGUUGCAAACAAGAUCGGAUUCAUCUAAGUCUGUUGUUGCAUUUUCUACCAUUUCGUUGUGUAUUGUCAUACUACUCAAUUAUAUGCACCUUGAUGAAUUUUCCACCUAGUUGUGAUGUCGUUUCAAAUCGUAGUCACAAAAUCUGUUAAAUUGCCAGUGCUACGUAGAUGACCGUGGACUGCCUUUUUGGAAAGCUAAAAACGUUUCUGUAACUGAGAUCAUUUGUUGUUA